AUGUCAUGGCUUUAUCGUUCAUUUGCCGACUAUUUAGGACAUCCUGACGAUUACAUUGGGGUUACAGGGUUCAUACACAAUGUAAGUUUUGAGGACAAUGUCAAAAUUGAUUGACUUACCCUUGGUUUCUACCUAAUUUUUGGAAAAAUAUAUGUGAAAGGCCAUACUAUUCAUGAUAAUAUUGUUAAAAACAAAGUGUUUUGUUAAAAUCUAAACUCUACUUUCAGAUAAUGAUAAUAGCGUACAUUGCUUGCCUUAUAACGUACGUAGCAAGCAUCAAACGGCUCCAGAAAGAUCGUAAACUAGACGAAAUUAUCGAGAAAAAGUCGCAAAAUACCGAAAUUUACUUUGAAAUGUUUGCAAAACAACUUAAUAGUUAA